GAUUUCAGCGUGAGGAAUCACUGGAAAUAAAGGAGGUUUUAAACUUAAACCAAAACUGAUAUUUUGGUUUGUUUCUAAGAGCAGAUAUUCACUGGUUUUAUUAAGAAGAAACAUAAGGAUAGGUUUACAAUCACUUGGAAAAAGAUGAGUUUGUUUGGAGGUACUAACUUCGGGACAGCAACUGUGUUUGGCGGAGGCACAUCAACUUCAAACACCUCAAAUAAUGCUGUGGAGGUGACUUCUCCACCUGAUGACAGUGUCAGUUGUCUCAAGUUCAACCCUCCCGCCCUUCAGAUGACUUUCUUAGUGGCCGGCAGCUGGGAUAAUAAUGUGCGCUGCUGGGAAAUUCAACCAAGUGGUCAGUCAGUACCUAAAGCUCAACAGACUCACACUGGACCAGUACUAGCCUGUGACUGGAGUGAUGAUGGCACUAAAGUGUUCACCGCUUCCUGUGAUAAAACGGCUAAAAUGUGGGAUCUCAACAGCAAUCAGGCCAUGCAGAUCGCGCAGCAUGAUGCACCAAUAAAGACAUGCCAUUGGAUUAAAGGUACUUCUUACAGUUGCUUGAUGACAGGUAGUUGGGAUAAAACACUCAAGUUCUGGGACACUAGAACUCCUAAUCCUAUGAUGACCAUCCAGCUGCCAGAAAGGUGCUACUGUGCUGAUGUCAAAUAUCCAAUGGCAGUUGUUGGCACGGCUGGCCGUGGGCUCAUAAUUUACCAGCUGGAGAACCAGCCACAAGAGUUCAAAAGGAUUGACUCACCUCUCAAGUAUCAGCAUCGAUGUGUCAGCAUUUUCAUGGACAAAAAGACAAACAUGCCCACAGGAUUUGCUCUUGGCAGCAUUGAAGGUCGUGUGGCCAUACACUAUGUCAAUCCUACAAACCCUAAAGACAAUUUUACCUUCAAAUGUCACAGGUCAAAUGGACAAACAGGAGGAAUACAAGAUAUCUAUGCAGUGAAUGACAUAGCCUUCCAUCCAGGUCAUGGCACACUAGCCACUGUUGGCUCAGAUGGACGCUACAGCUUCUGGGACAAAGAUGCUCGCACCAAACUGAAAACCUCUGAUCUGUUUGACCAGUCCAUAUCAACCUGUUGUUUUAACUCCCAGGGAAAUAUUUUUGGUUUUGCAUCCAGCUAUGACUGGUCUAAGGGACACGAAGGAUAUGACCCCCAGAAGAUGAAACCUCAUAUCUAUGUGAAGUCCUGUUAUGAUGAACUAAAACCGAGCGCCAAGAAAAGCUGAAUCUUUUAUCAUCAAAAAGACAUUAUUCAAUGACAGUGAACUGAAUACAGACAUGCUGUUGGCGUAGUUUUAACAUCCUACUUGUAAAUAGCAUCGUGGAAACAAUGUUUCUAUGUUUAUUUGAAUAUAUUACAACUGAUCAAGGAGUAAUUUCCAACGAGUCAGGUUUUUUUUUUUUUAAGUCAGAAGUUGAAAAUUUUGGAUGGCAGAAGUUAAACAGGGAACACUUGAAAAGCGUGAUUGAUCAGGCAAAUAUAUUGAAUUUUGGACUUUAGGGGCCAUAAAGCGAAGUUUAUAUUAGGUUUUACAUUUUGUCUCCAUUCAAAACCUGCCAUUAUAGAUUAUGUUCUUUUGCUUUGGUUAAAGUGUCAGGCAUGUCCACAGCAUGUGAGAAGUCUUUGAUGUAUGCCCAUCAGCACUUAGUGUUCCCCAAGGGACAGGACUGAAGAUAUAUCAAGAGGGCGUGAGGAGAGAGCGAGGGGUGUUGGGGUGGGGUUUGGAGGUGCAAGGUUAUUGUUGUAUAGAAUGCUGUGUUAAAAUGACAAACCAUUAUCAUGUGACUUUUGCAAU